GAGGAUCUCGCGUACGCUACCAGUCUUACAUCAGGGGUCACGUUAUGAUGAAUACCCUUACUGUAUUGCUGCUGUGCCUAACGGCCGCAUGUGCGGUACCAGUACAUUUUCCUGCCGAGAAAACUGUGAUUUACAAUUACCAUGCCGAUGUGAAAGCUGGAGUUGUUGAGCCAGCGAAUUACGUCUCCCAGUUCGCUCUCGCCGGACAACUUUACGUAAAGAAGGAUACUAGUGAUCCGACUUUAAAUAAUGCUUAUCACAUCAAAUUAAACAACGUAAAGCAUGGCAUGUACAAUGGCAUCGCCGUACAUCAUGAGCCGAUCGAAAUUCUCCACGAACUCGGAGAAGCCGCACAGCAAAUCCAAGAACCGUUCGUGAUCGUUUACGAUGAUCGUGGCAAGCUCCAAGGUAUUAAAAUGCCGGAAGCCGAGAGCGGCUGGUCCAGGAACAUCAAACAAGGUAUCGCCUCGAUGCUGCAAUUGGAUCUGGGCCACAUCCAGAUGCAAGCCCCGAUGAAGCCACACGCUUUCGUCACCCAUGAGAACACCAUCCACGGUACCUGCCAAGUCUCCUACGAUGUUCAUCCGAAGUACCCGAUGAAUCCGGAGAACGCUAAUGUCUUCGUGGUCACGAAAAUGCACGAUUUGAUGAACUGCAGCCAUUUUGUUCAGCGUGUUUUCGAUCAUUUCGAGUGCGAGAAAUGUCACGUGGAGUCUGUGGAUGACAUGACUACUUCCGCCAGAAGAGUUUUCGAGAUCAAACAACAGGACAAUGAUAUUGUCAUCGAGCGGGUGGUUGCUCACUCGGCUAUCAAUUACUUCCCUUAUAAUGCCCGAUCUGAGGCUCACUAUCUGUGGACCAACGUUACUUUGGAUCUGCAUUCCGUAGUAUCAACGACGGAAGUCCCUGUGAUGGCCAUGAAUGUUCAGAACGUGCCUGUCAUUCGCGACAUCACUUUCAAUAAGCCAUUAGGAAAUUACGCUCUCCAUGCUGCCGAAGAUCUUUCUCAUGGUCGACAUAUUGUGAAAUUGGACGCGCUCAUCCCUAAACUUAAGAAGAUGUUGGCCGAAGCUGUUGAAUACCUCGAGGAAAAUCAUUUGGAGGCCAAGGAACCCGAAUGGAAGCACGGGCAAACCAUCAACAGGCUACAGCAUACUAUGAGUUAUAUGGAUUUAGGUUCACUGGAACAAGUUUACAACGCCAUACAGGAUUCGAAGACGCCUAAGGAAGUCACGAUGAAGAAUAUCUUCCUGCGAAUGAUUCCAACCGUGGGCACGACCGCUGCCAGCCACUUCGUACGAAAUGUUGUCCGCAAGCAUCAAGUGACCGAUGAAACUGCCGUCGUGAUGUUGAUGAAAUUGCCGAUGCAUGUCAAAGUACCAUCCGAGAGAUUGCUUCUGGAAAUGGAAGAUCUGUUGAAAUUGGGUAGCACCGUGUCACCGCAAGUCAAGAAGGCCAGCAUCCUCUGCUUCUCCAUUUUGAUUCGUAAGACGUUCAUACAUCAGCACAGCGACGUCGUCAACCCCCUUCUCGAGAGAUAUCUUCACCGUUUCCUCGAUCAUGUCAAGAACGAGCAAUCGUACGAGAUGAGAGUGGUGUAUCUGAUGGCGAUAAAGAACGUACAAGUGGGUAACAUUGAAAAGCUCUUGGAGCCGAUCAUCCGUGGUGAAGUUAUGAUAUCCGAGAAUCCACUACAUAUUCGCGUUCAAGCAAUCUGGGCCAUCAAGAAGGCAGUCGCCGAUAAAGUCGAGUACACUCACAAUCUACUCUGGCCUAUUCUCGCUGAUGUCACUCUACCGCUGUCCGUCAGGAUUGUCGCUUAUGAUGUCUUGAUGAGCCAGAUGCCGAACAUGCAACGUAUCAUGAACAUAUACUGGUUCAUGGUACACGAGCAGAACAACCAUCUGUACAACUAUCAUGUUACUACCCUGAAAGGUCUCGCCAAUUCCGUGGAUCCUUGCCUCUUGCCAGUGCGCGAAAUGGCCAGAAAGUUCUUACGUUUCACAAGAAUCAGACCGGUCACCACUCAGCUCUCGUAUAAACAUUUCAUUGAUUAUAUCGAUUCUGUUUACGAAUAUGGCGAAUCCUGGAAUGACGCCUGGGUUCUCGAUGAAUCGACCGGUAUGCCAGUCGCCGGAUACUUCGAACAUCACACCUCGGUCGCUCGUAAAUCCGUCGACAAAAUAGGCAUCUAUUGGAGCGUCUACGGUUUGGACGAGGUCAUAAAGAUGGUCAAGAAGGAAUUAGUCGGUACCACAAUGGAAAAUCUCAACAAUAAGAAUGUGCAAAAUCUUUUGAUUCGCGCCGCGCAGGAUAUGCCGAUGAAGAGACCCAUUCACGUCGACAUCUGCAUCACGCUGAACGGUGUUGUCGUCGUUGCCACUCACUUUGACCAGAAUAGUUUCAAGAACAUAUUCGACGAAGUAUACCAGCUGAAGCAAAUAGUGGUUGGCAAUUUCCAGGAUAUUGUAUAUGAAACCUUUUAUGAGAUGCAAGUGCCUACCGACAUGGGUCUACAGGCAGUUCUCAGUACCAAGAUACCGCAGCUGUGGUCGCUGAAGUUCGACAACAUUCGCAACGAGGUCAUGAAGCCGUCCGUGAGCAUGAAGCUCAACGUCGAUGCUCGGGUUUGGAAGCAUGGUGAAUACGUCAUGUCGAUCUACAAUCCGAUCGUUGAUGUUUGGCAUUCGAUUCGCCGCGCCACCGUCCUGGACGUCGCCUUGCCCGUAGAUAUGAGCGUCGGUUACAAUCACGAGGCGAAGAGUCUGAAGAUCACCAUGCCGAGAUUGCCGGUCAACAAACUGUCGGUCACCGGAAUGCGAUUCUACGCGAAGAACUUGGUGACCGUCACCGAGGACGAACAGGACGUUCUCAAGACCUGCUGCGCUACCUGCCAUCAUCACGCGGUCGUCAGCACCGGCGAGAAGAAGAACCAUCAUGUCGCCGUAGACUCUAAAGACGUGGGCCUCAAAUAUAGCAUGUCGGUCUUCGAUUGCGAGAACGAAAUCACCCCGGUGACUAACGCCGAGGAAUGGCAGCGUGUGCUCUCUGUGGAACACAAGAACACUUGGAACUCGAAGCUCCUCCAAUACUUCAUGGGCGUCCACCAAAAACUGAUUAACGACUACAUUUCACCGCAAAUGGGUAACUGUGGAAUUCUCAUGAAGGCUGAACCCAGCAUUGUUUAUCCUACGUCACAUGUUGAUUUGAACGUAAGAGUUAAUAUGGAGGAUGUCGAUCACAUUCAUGAAAAGAUGCACGCUUUUAGCAGCAACAAAAUCAACAUACGCGGUACCCUCGAUGCAAAAGCAGCUUCCACAAACGAGUCCGUACGCUCAUGGGACAUGAACGUGAAUAUUGACAUGUCGCGGGGACACAUAGUCAACAACGUCAAAGUUCAAAUGAUGAGACAGACUCCAGGAGAGAAGAAUUUGAAGAUCUGCGUAGAAGCUCAGAAGAACUAUCCAGUCGUCGAGACGGAUCCCUUGAAGGUCGAUACCACUAAAGAGGAGACCAACAACAAGGUGAUCAUCACAGCAGGAUUCACAGACGAUGAUAAGUGCGUUCGCGACGAUAUGAUGAUCGUGAUGACUGUUAAAGGCGAGUUGACGGAAGAACAGAAGAGGCAAAUGACGCACAAUAACGUGCAUGGUGCUUGCGUUAAAGACAUCCAAAAUCCGCAAUUCCAGACUAAGCAGGGACACGUUGCUAAAACCAUGAAUUGCGUCCGUGAGACUUUACAAUACACGACCAUGAAGAAGUACACCAUUAACGCAACGUACAAAAAGGUGCCUGUGCAGGUAUUAUCGCAAAUCGCCAUGAUCGAAGAUCAUAUUCGCGCACGGCAUUUGCCACAUGUGAGGUACAUCGUGGACCGUGUUGAAAGCGGUAACGCGAAGGUCGUAGUCGAGUACUCCUCCGAUCUGAGCCACGUCAAUGCAACCGUCGUCACUCCGGUCAGCGGAUACGAGUACGUUCAAGUUCCUUUGCAGCAACAUCUCUUCGAAGGCAUGGUCGUAGACAAACCGAUGCUACAUUCACUGUGGCACGCUGCCAUGGAUAAUACUCGUUUCUCCGUAGCUGUUAUGCACAAAAUAAAGCACGACCAGGCUAAGAUCUGCACCGUCUAUCCGCAAGUCUUGAUCACCCUAGACGAGGGCGUGAUUCCAUUCGUCAUGUCCGAUAAAUGGGUCCUCGUAUCUGGCGAUCACAUCGAUCAGACGUACGCUAUUUUCGUGAAGUCCGUGCAAGGUACCAAGCUAGCAAUGAAGAUGCACGUUGGCGAUCACGAGAUGGAGAUCAUGCCAAACGAGUUUAAUGCAGUCGUUAACGUUGACGGCAAUGUAGUCAAUCAGCACGAGAAGGGAGUCGUGGUGCCGAAAGACGAACCGAACUCUUACGCGUUCAAACUCACCGAGAACAACGAACAUCUCAUGGUCCAGUCUCAACGAGUGCCGGUGAUGGUAUGGUGGACCCCCAGCAGCGUAACUCUGAUGUUGGACACCACUCUGCAAGGUCACGUGACCGGCGUGUGCGGACACAUGGACGGCACGCAUAAAGAGAAACUUCCCAAAGUUUAUACCGUUGUGUGAAUCUUUAAUUAUAUAAUAUAAUUUGAAUCUAUAUAAAAUAUAUUUUUUUUUAUGAAAAUUAAGAGUACCGAGCACCAUUUUGAAUAAUAUAGAAUACAAUUUUUGUUCAAUAACAAAAUAUAGCACGACGAUAGCGUGGGAGUAGAAAGAGAAAUAUAAUACACAAGAAAUCUUUAUUUUCCAUUUA